UCUGUCUGCUGGGCGAAUCCUUAGGUCUUAGGCUCUGAACUCGUUCCUCUUACCAGGCCUGACAGGGACUCCAAGUGGGAGGGAGAGUCAACAGAAAGGUAUUUCUUCCUUCUUGAAGGGGGUGUGUCCUGGGCUUGUCUGCCUACAGGGCAGCAAUGCGCAGCAGGAGUUGCUGGUGAAGCAGUGGCCCUGUACGCCUGCCAGCGAGUGACCGGCGGUGGCUUAGAUACUCCAACUGUCUUUCCAAACAGAGCAGCAGCAGUGCGGCGGAGGAAGGCUUCCCGGGCUGCGAUGUGAAGAGAGGACUCUCAGCCUUGCACAGUGCACACCCGUCUGGUCACAGACUGCGAACCCAGCUGUUCAUGUCCCAUCCAGGACCUCAUCCAAGACCAGGAAGAUGAGGGUUCCGGCGUUCUGGCUUUUCUCUUUCCUCAUGGUCACCGAGGGCCGGGUCGGCUUCCUGGGGAGAGAUGAUGGCAUCAGAAUAAAAGGAGAACUCACUGUGAAUAAGAAAACCCCUCCAGGCCCAGUCCAGGAGUACGAGCUGCUGCUUCAGGCGGCCUAUCGAGAUGCCGAGGAGAAAAUAAAACUGAAGAAAUUUCUGAUGGCUUUGAGGCUUCCAUCCCCAUGGUUACCUGGGCCGAUGAGGAUCAUCAGAGUGAAGGCCACCACGUACUGUAGUGACCAGAACAGGGCCCUGAGGUGUGCCUGUGAAGACGGCUACUCCUGGUUUCCUCCCUCGUGCCUCGAUCCCCAGAAAUGCUACCUUCACAUGGCUGGAGCGCUCCCAAGCUGUGACUGUCAUGUCCACAACCUCACGCAGAGUGUCUACUUCUGUGAGAGAACAAAGGUUUGGGGUACUUUCAAAAUUAAUGAAACAUUUACAAAAGACCUUUUGAAUCCAUCUUCUGCUGUUUACUCCAAAUAUACCACUGGAAUUGAAAUUCAACUUAAAGAAGCAUACAAAGGAAUCCAAGGGUUUGAAUCAGUUCGUGUCACUCAAUUUCGAGAUGGAAGCAUCGUUGUGUGGUAUGAAGUUGUUGGUUCCAGCAGCACCUCCGAGCUGCUGUCAGGCAUUGAACAGGUGGCUGAGAAAGCUAAGGCGGGUCUUCACAAGCUGUUUCCACUACAAGACGACUCUUUCAGAGUGUUCGGAAAAGUCCAGUGUAACAGCCUUGUCUUUGGAUUUGGGUCCGAGAAUGAUGAGUAUACUCUUCCUUGUAGCAGUGGCUACACCGGAAGCAUCAUUGCCAGGUGCCAGCCCUCUGGGUGGCACAUCCUCAGGGAGACGUGUGUGCUCGCUGAGCUGGAAGAACUGAAGGAGAAUUUCAGUGUGAUCACCACCAACGCCACCGAGGCAGCCAUGUCAUCCUUGGUGCAGAAUCUUUCAGUUGUUCUUCAGCAAAGUCCAUCAACCACAGCUGGGAAUCUGGCUUCUGUGGUAUCCAUUCUGAGCAAUGUCUUGUCCCUGUCCCUGGAAAACCACCUCAGGGUGACCAGUUUAACAAUGGAGAAUGUCAUCAACAUAGCUGACCACAUCCUUAAUUCCACCUCAGUAACCAACUGGACAGUAUUAUUGCAGGAAGAAAAGAAUGCCAGCUCCCAGUUACUACAGACACUGGAAAACAUCAGCGUUCUGGUACCUUCGACAGCCCUGCCUCUGAAUUUUACUCGAGAAUUCAUUAAUUGGCAAGGGAUUCCAGCAUCCCCAAGUCAACAAAAGACGGGUUACAUCUAUGAGACUGAAAUGUUCUCCAGAAAUAACUCCAUUCCCAUUAGAGGCCACAUGUUAAUUAAGUCAGACCAGUUCCAGGGGCCCCUUCCAGAAACCAUCGUCAGCAUGGCCUCCUUGACUCUGGGGAACAUUCUGCCCGUUACCAAAAAUGGAAAUGUUCAGGUCAACGGGCCCGUGAUAGCCACAGUUAUCCAAAACUAUUCCAUCAAUGAAAUUUUCCUGAAUUUUUCCAAGAUGGAGUCGAACUUGAGCCAGCCUCAGUGUACGUUUUGGGAUUUCAGCCACCUGCAGUGGAACAAUGCCGGGUGCCACCUAGUGAAUGAAACUCCAGACUCGGUGACAUGCCGCUGCACUCACCUGACCUCCUUCUCCGUGCUGAUGUCACCCUUUGUGCCCCCUGCCAUCGUCCCCGCUGUGAAAUGGAUCACCUUUGUGGGGCUGGGCGUCUCCAUUGGGAGUCUCCUCUUAUCCCUGAUCAUCGAAGCUCUGUUCUGGAAGCAGGUCAGCAGGAGCCAAACCUCACACACCCGCCACAUCUGCAUGGUGAACAUUGCCCUGUGCCUCCUGAUUGCCGACGUCUGGUUUAUCGUCGCUGCCAUCGUGGACUCCACGGCAAACCCUCCUGGAGUCUGCGUGGCCGCAGUGUUCUUCACACACUUUUUCUACCUCUCCUUGUUCUUCUGGAUGCUUAUGCUCGCCUUCCUGCUGGCUUAUCGGGUUAUCCUUGUGUUCCAUCACGUGGCCACGCCUUGGAUGGUGGCCAUCGGCUUCUGCCUGGGCUAUGGGUGCCCUCUCAUUAUCUCCAUCGUCACCAUUGCCGUUACUCAGCCCAGCAAUGGCUACAAAAGGAAAGAUGCCUGUUGGCUUGACUGGUCCGAUGGGAGCAAACCCCUCUUGGCCUUCGCCGUUCCUGCGCUGACAGUCGUGGCCGUGAAUUUGGUUGUGGUGCUGUUCGUUCUCACAAAGCUCUGGAGGCCCACCGUCGGAGAAAGACUGAGUCAGGACCACAAGGCCACUGUCGUCCGCGUGGGGAGGAGCCUCCUCAUUCUGACUCCUCUGCUGGGGCUCACCUGGGGCUUUGGCAUUGGGACGAUGGUGGACAGCCUGAAUCCGGUGUGGCACGUUAUUUUUGCAUUACUCAAUGCAUUCCAGGGGUUUUUCAUCUUAUGUUUUGGAAUACUCUUGGAUAGUAAGCUGCGACAGCUGCUACUUAACAAGUUGUCUCCUUUAAGCUCUUGGAAGCAAGCAGCAAAGCAAAACCCAUCAGAUGUUUCCACCAAACCCAAAUUUGAAAAGACCUUCAACCCGUUCCAACACAAAGGCAAUUAUGCCCUUUCUCAUCCUGGAGAGUCCUCCAGCGACGUCAUGCUAACGCAGUUUUCAUCAGUUGAAUAAAGCUGGGAACUGUAAAAUCCAGGAAAAUUUUUUGGAGCAAAUCAACAUAGCUAAACAUCAGUGAAGAAAUUAUGUUCAAUAUUAGAUGAAGUUUUCUGACUCAAGAGUCCGGGAAUAAAGUAAGGAGAUUUCAAUGGCUUCAUGACCACCAUCUUUAACGUCAAUGAAAUGGAGAGAUGUAUUUACAUGUGGUUUGAUUCAAAGGAAUCACUUCAUAAAUGUAGAAUAAAUUUGGUUGGAA